CGCGAACGCACCACUGCAUUUUUAAGACGACGCUAACAGGUUGUUAGCCACAGUUAGCUACUCUUUUCGUCUCAAGCUUUUACAGGAAAGUACUUAAUGAAAACAUUUCAAACGUUUACACAUGUUUUAAAGAAACUUCUACGCGGAGGGCUGUCAAAUUUGCGCAACAUGACGCCUCCUCUUAAAAGUUACGUUAACAUUAGCUAACUUCUGUGUAUUUUGACCAGCUAUCGUUAGCAGGCUGCCCAGGACACUAUGCUGUAAGCGAUCUGCUUUUAUAAAAAAAACUUUUUCUAUGGAUUUUUUUUUGUAUAGUUAGACGAACAUAUAAAUAUGUAAUAUAGGCGAGUCUGAAAAAUCAGCACCGCGUCACCGAAAGACCAUCCGCUUUUGAUUAGGCUUGUUUGUAAACUGUUGGUAUCAGCUGAAAAGUCACAUGCAUUCACUGUGUUUACCUGUGGAUAACUUAACUGCGCUAAUUAAAUCCUCGGGUGUCAAAACCAUGAGCUGAACUAAGUUAGACAAACAAAAAAUGUCUUGACAAGGUUUUAAUUUAUAAGGGAUGUGGGACGUAUCUUUGGUGUUUCGAUCAGAAUAGAAGCAUUUAUUUUUUGGGCGAGUCGCCAUGGCAAGUGCCUUAGCAGCGAGAAUGGGAUUUACCUCCUUGAUCAGAAAACAAGCCAAAUACUUCAAAGUAAGGAUCUGCACCUUGGAGUCUGAUAUGGAGUUUAAGUGCGAGCUGAAGUGGAAAGGAAAAGACCUUUUUGACUUGGUGUGUCGGACUUUGGGACUGAGGGAGACCUGGUUUUUUGGGCUUCGAUACAACAUAAAGGACACCCUUGCUUGGCUGAAGAUGGAAAAAAAGGUUUUAGACCAGGAGGUGCCAAAAGAGGAGCCCAUCACCUUCCACUUCCUGGCCAAGUUUUACCCAGAAAAUGCUGAGGAGGAGCUAGUGCAGGAUAUUACUCAGCAUCUCUUCUUUCUACAGGUGAAGAAGAAGAUCCUUGAAGAAGAAAUCCACUGUCCUCCAGAGGCGUCCGUGCUUUUGGCCUCUUAUGCUGUCCAUGCCAAGUACGGAGACUAUGACCCGGAAGUUCAUAAACCGGGCUUCUUGGCUGAGGAGGAACUGCUGCCAAAGAGAGUUAUUAACUUGUACCAGAUGACUGCAGAAAUGUGGGAGGAGAGGAUCACAUCGUGCUAUGCAGAGCACAGAGGCAGAACAAAGGACGAAGCUGAGAUGGAGUAUUUAAAAAUAGCUCAGGACCUGGACAUGUAUGGCAUCAAUUACUUUUUAAUCCGGAAUAAAAAAGGAACAGAUCUUCUGCUGGGAGUGGACGCCCUUGGUCUGCAUAUCUACGAACCGGAAAACAAGCUGACGCCCAAGAUCUCCUUCCCAUGGAACGAGAUCCGCAACAUAUCCUACAGCGACAAGGAGUUUACCAUCAAACCUCUGGACAAGAAAACCGAUAUCUUCAAGUUCAACUCUUCGCGACUAAGGGUCAACAAACUGAUCUUGCAGCUGUGCAUAGGGAACCACGACCUGUUUAUGCGCCGCCGUCGAGUGGACUCUCUGGAAGUCCAGCAGAUGAAGGCCCAGGCCAGAGAAGAGAGGGCCAGAAAGCAGGUAGAGCGACAGCGUCUGCAGAGGGAAAAGCAGCUGCGCGAAGAAGCGGAGAGAGCCAGGGACAAGCUGGAGAGGAGGCUCAUUCAGCUGCAGGACGAGGCUCACAUGGCCAACGAGGCACUACUGCGCUCAGAACAGACGGCAGACCUGCUGGCUGAAAAGGCCCAGAUUGCAGAGGAGGAGGCCAAGCUGUUGGCCCAGAAAGCUGCCGAGGCCGAGACAGAGAUGCAGCGCAUCAAAGUGACCGCCAUACGUGGCCAGGAAGAGCGCCGCAUUAUGGAACAGAAGAUGCUGGAGGCUGAGAUGCGAGCACUCAAGAUGGCUGAGGAGUCAGAAAGGAGGGCUAAAGAGGCUGAGCAGCUGAAGCAGGACCUGCAAGAAGCCAGGGAUUCAGAACGCAGGGCAAAGCACAAACUGCUGGAGAUUACCAGCAAGGCCAUCUACACGUCACCUGGACUUCCAUCUGACAGCGUCCCUCAAGACCUGAACUUCAGCAGGGAGAAUCUCAGUUUUGACUUCAAAGAUACUGACAUGAAACGCCUGUCCAUGGAGAUUGAAAAGGAGAAAGUUGAGUAUAUGGAGAAGAGCAAGCACCUGCAAGAGCAGCUGAAUGAGUUGAAGACAGAGAUCGAAAGCCUAAAGCUGAAAGAGAGAGAGACUCCUCUGGACAUCAUUCACAACCAGAACACAGAACAGGGCACCAGCAAGCAAAGCAACUUUAAAAAGUCAUGGUGGCGCUAGGAGGGUUAAGUGGACCCGUCGUCAGUCUGUCUCCUUGCUUACACUACAGAGCACCAAGUCAAGGGUGGCCUUUUUUGAAGAACUUUAAACUUUUUGUAACUGUGAGGAACUUCUCGACUCUACACUCCUGACUGCACUACAAGCCUGUCACUGCUAGAAACAAAACCAACUAACAGCCAGAACAAUAUCCACUGCUUUGAACUCGUAAAAGAGAUAUAUCUAGAGAUAAACUGAGUGUGUGUUUACAGUAAGACUGAGUUUAAGAGACAUUUAUAGAGGUAUUUUGAAAUUAUUUGUGUAUGGAAUUUGUUAAAGUCAAAAAAAAAAGGGGAAGCCACACUGUUUCUAUUCCACUGUGAGUCUUAUGAGGUUGCGUUUUGGGAGUUUGAAUUAGUCUGUUUAUAAUAUCCAGUUAAAGGGACCUGCAUUAUAUAAGUGAUGAACUAUUUAGCUGUUCAGCAGGGAAGUAAACCACCAACGUUACCAGAACCAAACGCUUGAUGUCUAGACAUACUAAUUCAUGUUGAGUGUUAUUAUUAUACUGCCUCUACUGAAACACUACAGGGUUGGAAUAUUAUGCUCUGUUACAAUCUGUCUUGAUUUAAAAUGAAUAUUUCUGCUGCAAGUUCAGGUCACUCCUCUGCCAUCUUAAAUGGAAAGAGCCAUUUAUUAAAUCGGUGGAGUUUAUGAUCUGUGGAGAAUAUUAAGCAUGUACUGAACACUGAAAUCCUCCUCAGAUUUACAAGAGCCCUGCCUCCCUUUCUGUGGUGAAUGUAGAUGAACUGUUACCUAAGAGGCCUUAUUAUAUGGUCGCCUUUUGCAUUGGGGAGUCUCUACCCAAAAUAUUGUGCUUUUUAAACUGAAUAGGAGACCCUAAGUACCAGAUAGUUCUCUGAAUUUAAACUAAACUUCUAAGACGAUUAUUUUUUUUGCAAAUUUUGUUUGUGCAUAGAAAACCACUUUAAUUAGCAUAUAUUUUGAGUUAAUGUGAACUUUUGAAUUAAUGUCUCCUUUCCUUUGGAACGUAAUUCAUUUGGGAAAAUAUAAUGUGAAAAAAAACAUGGAUUUUCUUACGUUUUGCUUUUAACAGGGACGAUGAGCAGUAUUUAAAGUGAAACUUUGUAUGCCUAUUUCACUACAUAGACAUUUUUACUGAAAACCUAACAAAUAUGUAUGUUUUGCAUGGGAAAAGAUAAAUAAAAGAAUGCCAGAAUUA